AUGGCUAGAUUAGCAAGAAAAUAUCAAAAUAACCCAAUUACCAGAGUGAAUAAAAAAGAAUCUAUUCCUGAUCCACAAAAAAUGAUUAAUGAUGCAUUAGCCCAAUUUAAAUCUGAACUGGGAAAACGAGAUGCAGAUUAUAAAGCUGAACUAUCAAAACGUGAUGCUGAACAUAAAGCUGAAAUAGAAAAAUUAGAAUCUAGGCUCUUUGAGCCAUUGCAAAGCAAUAAAUUACAACAGAAAUCACAAGUAUUUGCUUCACAAACAGUUGAACCAGUUAGACAACCAAGAGCCCCUCCAUCAAAUUUAAUUACGAAAGAAGAUUAUGAAACUUAUUAUUUAGGUAAACACUUAAAUGAUUUAG